GGGCCUCGCAGUCUCCGCGGAUGCUGUUCUAGCGCAGGGAGUCGCCAUUUUGCUGCUAGAGACGCCAUCGGGAGACCCAGCGCGUUCUUCCUUCGACAGCCUAGGCUGUGGCGGGGCCGGGGCUGGGGUCUGGGCCAGGAGGACUUUUGUUGUCAGAAAAUAAAGGAGGUUGUCCAUUAUUGACUUUAAGCAGCAAACAGUAAAACGCUGAGCUCUUCAGCUCCACCUUUCUUGCUCAGAAUUGGAAAAUCUAGAAGGUUUUGAUGUUUUGUGUGGCGCCACCUGAACUGGACACCAAGAUGAACAUAACUAAAGGAGGUCUGGUGUUGUUUUCAGCAAAUUCCAAUUCAUCAUGUAUGGAACUUUCAAAGAAAAUUGCUGAGCGGCUGGGGGUAGAGAUGGGUAAAGUGCAGGUUUACCAGGAACCCAACCGAGAAACAAGAGUACAGAUUCAAGAGUCUGUAAGGGGAAAAGAUGUUUUCAUUAUCCAGACCGUCUCAAAGGAUGUGAACACCACCAUCAUGGAGCUCCUGAUUAUGGUAUAUGCAUGCAAGACCUCCUGUGCCAAGAGCAUCAUUGGCGUGAUCCCCUACUUUCCUUACAGCAAACAGUGCAAGAUGAGAAAAAGAGGUUCCAUUGUCUCUAAAUUGCUGGCCUCCAUGAUGUGCAAAGCUGGUCUAACUCAUCUCAUUACUAUGGAUUUACACCAGAAGGAAAUCCAGGGAUUCUUCAAUAUUCCUGUUGACAAUUUAAGAGCAUCACCCUUUCUCUUACAGUACAUUCAAGAAGAGAUCCCAGAUUACAGGAAUGCAGUCAUCGUGGCCAAGUCUCCAGCUUCAGCCAAGAGGGCACAGUCUUUUGCAGAGCGCCUUCGCCUAGGGAUUGCAGUGAUUCAUGGUGAAGCGCAGGAUGCCGAGUCAGACUUGGUGGAUGGACGGCACUCCCCACCUAUGGUCAGGAGUGUGGCUGCCAUCCACCCCAGCCUGGAGAUCCCCAUGUUGAUUCCUAAAGAAAAACCCCCUAUUACUGUUGUUGGUGAUGUUGGAGGAAGAAUAGCCAUCAUCGUGGAUGACAUCAUCGAUGACGUCGAUACCUUUCUUGCUGCAGCAGAGACCCUGAAGGAAAGAGGUGCAUAUAAGAUUUUUGUGAUGGCGACGCAUGGCCUGUUAUCAUCUGAUGCCCCCCGGCUGAUUGAAGAGUCUGCCAUUGAUGAGGUGGUAGUUACCAAUACAAUCCCACAUGAAAUCCAGAAGCUUCAGUGCCCCAAGAUCAAAACAGUGGAUAUCAGCAUGAUCUUGUCCGAAGCCAUCCGGCGCAUUCACAAUGGGGAGUCCAUGUCCUACCUUUUCAGAAACAUCGGCUUAGAUGACUAAACACCUUUUCACUCUUAAAACUCAAGUGGGCCAAACUGGAAGUCUGGGCAUGAAAACUUCGAGGUCAUGCCGAGCUGUGCACAUGACAGGAGCUGAGUUUUUGUUCCUCCCUCCUACUCCCUACGCCUUCUCUUGCUGAUUCCUAUGAAGAUAAACCAACUUUUUAUGUCAGUUUGGGUAUGUAUUAGCUUGGGGGCAAUUUUUAUAAAAGACUGUUCUCAAAAUAAGUUAAAACUUGGUUGUUUUUAGUGUAACUAGUUUAAAAAUAACACUUGGAAUAAGUUUUUUAAAGCCCACAAAUAGCUUUUCCCAAAGUUGCUUGAGCCAGGUGUUCAAAAAAGGUAAUGAAAUAAAAUUAUCUACUAUCCAGUAUCUGCAUUCCAAAAGCCAAAAAGAUUAUACUGUUGAUUUCAAUAAAUGAUGUUUUUAGAAGUGCUUUUAUAGACAAGCAUAUGGAAUAUGUGUGAUAUUUAUUUUCUGCAACAAAAGAAGGAAUAAAAAUUGUGUUUGUUUUUUAA